AUGUUAAACCCACAUCCGUAUCGGAAUGAUUGUCUCAAUUCAUUUGGCUUUGUGCCUUAUACACCAAAGACAAAACUCACCUAUGCAUCGAGAAAAGGUUGGUUAAACCCAUCGAUUGACCUUGUUGCUGCUGCACAGCGGCAACGUUUGUUUGUUGACAACAAGGUACCGUUGCUGCAAAAAGAAUUAUUGAUCGACGAUGAAGAUUUUGUCCGUGCUCAAGAUGAUUAUGUCAAAUUUUUGCGUUUGAUCAGACUCAAAAAGCCAGAAAUAUGCGUGCCAACAUUGGAGAUUGAUCUGAUGUGGCAUACACACAUGCAGUGUCCGCACAGUUACUAUCGCGAUACUCAACGAAUAUGCGGCUUUUUUCUGAAUCACAAUGACAACUUACCCGAUAGUCAGUUAAAAUCGAGUUUGGAAAGUACUCAAAAAGCUUGGAAACAAGAAUACAAUGAAGAAUAUCCGAGAAAAUCCCGACGAUCUAAUUAUCAAGGUGGUGGAUGUUCAGGUGGCAGUUGCGGCAAUAGUAUAAGACAGCAACCUUCAAGUGAGAACGAUUACGUCUGCACUGAUUUUUCUGGUGAUAUGCUCGUUAUCCGUGAAAAUGUUCAGGAAAUGAAGCUGAUAAUGUCGUCAUGUUCGAACGCCUGGAGUGGCCGAAUAACCAAGACAAGUGCUGAUGAUACUGAGAUGAAUGGCAACAACAGUAGUUGUGGGACGAUGACGGAUAGUGUCACUGGAAGUUGUUCAUCGGACGGUGGAUGUGGUGGCUGUGGUGGUGACUGA